AUGGGAAACACCUCAAUAGAACACCCUACUACCUCUUCAGUGUCGUUACUCGUCGUCAACCCUUCACUGGAUUCUUUAUUACGACAAUUCUGGGAGCAAAAAGAAAUUGAGAUUUCAAAACCUGUUAAUCCUGAUGACGUAUUUUGUGAAGAACACUUUCUUCAAACCCACUCUCGUGAUGCUUCUGGCAGAUAUUCUGUGUCUUUACCCUUCAAAAAAGGAUGUACUUCCCUUGGUGUAAAUAGACACAUUGCCAUGAAGAGCUUCUUUAACUUGGAAAAGCGUUUACAUAAACAACCCGGAACCGAAGCGCCGUAUCAAGCCUUCCUUACUGAAUAUGAAGAUCUACGCCACAUGAAUGUCAUUACAAAGCCAUCGUCCUACAUUUUGCCUCACCAUUGUGUUUUCGAGCAAACGAGUUCUUCCACUAAAAUAAGAGUCGUUUUCAAUGGAUCAGCUCUCGAUUCCAAAGGAAGCUCAUUAAACGAACGCUUACUACCCGGCCCUAAACUGCAAAAUGAUUUGUCCGAUAUUUUGAUAUCUUUUCGAGUUCACGAAGUUGCCAUUUGCGCUGAUAUCCGCAUGAUGUACCGGCAAAUCAUGCUAAGAGUUCUACAUCAAUUAGUCACUGAUGAAGGAGCACAAUAUCCUCUCGCCUCAAAUGCAUUGAUUGCGCACAGUUAUGUGGACGAUAUUGUGACUGGAGCUGCUUCAAUGAAAGAAGCGGAAAAGCUUAAAACCGAACUGAUUAACCUUUUGUCCAAAGGUGGAUUCGAACUAAGAAAAUAG